AUGCCGUCUAUUUUAUAUUCUACGACAUGUUAUAUCAAAAAUGAUCUCUAUCAUUUAAGUAUAUAUGUUGAUAAUAAUGAUCAAAAUUCUACUAAUACACAAUUAACAACAGCCCCAUUUGAAUUGAUAUCUAAUGAAAUUUCAAUAGAUAAUAUUAUACCUUCAUUAACUCGAUUACAUUUUGAGCCCGUAAAUGAGAAAAAGAAUACAAUCGUUCCUAAAGAUAUUAUCCUUGAUCAUUUACUUAGUGUUCAACGAACAUACAUGAAAUCAAAUGGAAAUAGAGAAAUAAAUAAUAUGAAUGUUAUAGAAACAUCAUCCAUUGCUCAAUCACAACGAACAAGUUAUACAACAUUGAAUUCAGUUGUUUUAGACGAUACUAUAUCACCAAUACCAACAACAUGUCGAACACCUGAUUCUCUAAGAUUCUUUUCUACUAACUCACGUAUGGAUAGCGAAGCUAAUUUAAUAUGUAACGCAUUAAUUAAGUUAAGUUAUGUGGAUGUAUCUAAUUCAAUUCGAUGGAAUAUAAAAAGAUUAGAAAUUGAACUCGAUACAGAAGAUAUAGCAGAUAGAUUGCAAUUAAACUUAAGUUUAUGUUUAUCAACACUUAAACAAAGACCACAUCGUUUGUUAGCUUUUGUUAAUCCAUUUGGUGGUAAAGGUCGAGCACGAUUUGUAUACGAUAAAUUAGUAUUACCUUUAUUUGCAGAAGCAAAUAUUAGUGUUAAACUAAUUUAUACAGAACGUGCAAAUGAAGCAAAAGAUCAUUUGAUUAAUGAAGAUUUGAAUAAUUAUGAUGGUAUAAUUUGUGUUGGUGGUGAUGGAAUGUUUGCUGAAUUAUGUCAUGGUCUUUUAUUACGAACAUCUCAGGAAGCACAUUUAACUAUAGAUGAUCCACAAGUUAAUUUAAUUCGACCUGAUUUAAGAAUUGGUAUUAUACCAGCUGGUUCAACAGAUGCUAUUGCUUUUGGUACAACAGGUCUUAAUGAUCCAGUAACAAGUACAUUACAAAUUAUUGUUGGUGAAACACUUUCAAUUGAUAUAGCAACAGUUCAUAAUGAAAAAGGAUUUGUACGUUUUAUGGCAGCAAUGCUUGCAUAUGGUUUUUUUGGUGAUAUCAUUUAUCAAUCAGAUAAAUGGCGUUGUCUAGGUCCAUUAAGAUAUGAUAUAGCUGGAUUUUGUCAAUUUAUUCUUAAUAGAUCAUAUCAUACUGAAUUAACAAUUACAUUAUCACCUUCAAAUUCAUCACAACCAACAAGUAGUAUAAAUGCUGGAGAUGAAACACCUGUUAUGCCUAAUUCACAACAAUUAACAAAUAAUACAGAUUUAAAAACAAUUGGAAAUAAUCACAUCGAUAAUCCAUUAAAAAUUAUUGGAAAAAUUGUUCUACCAGCAUCAGUAUUUUGCAGAAAAAAUUGUGAAAAAUGUGCUACAGAAGGAAAACAUCAUGCUAAUAAAACAGAUUCACCAACGCCAAUCAGACUUGAAGGAAAAUAUACAACAAUAAAUUGUCUUAAUAUGCCAUGUCGAUCUGCAAAAAGUAAAUUUGGAAUAUCACCGUUUGUUCAUUUAGGCGAUGGAACAUUUGAUUUGAUUCUUGUUAAACGUUCUUGGCGUUCAGGGUUUUUACGUUUUCUUUGGCAAGUUGCUAAUGAUAGUCGAUCUAUAGAAGAUUUACCUUGCGUUGAACGAUAUCGUGUUAGUGAAGUUUUAAUACGUCCGAUACAUACGGACCGAAAACGACGUGGUAAUUGGGCAUGUGAUGGUGAAAUAAUAUCUGGUAAUGAAAUUAAAAUUCGUAUUCAUCGUCAAAUGCUUAAUCUUUUUGCUUCGGGUAUACAAUGUGACAAAGUCGAAGAAUAUAAUUCAACAAAAAAAAUUCAAAAAAACAAAUGUUGUUCAUUUUUUCGACGUAGAAAACAUAAAAGUCAAAAACAUAUAUAA